AUGUUGUCGCGAAGGCUCGGAUCAAGUGCUCGACAACUUCGCAAAGUUUCCACGUACACUGGAUUUACAUCCGAGCAGUUCAUGAAGCAGCCUGCCAAUGAGCCCAUCUUGGAGUACAAAAAAGGAAGCAGUGAGCGAGCUGAGCUCGAGAAGGAACUGGAACUUCUGAGCAAGGAGCCUACGAUUGUACCUGUUCGAAUUGGCAAGAAGAGUAUCACGGGUAAACUGGAUCGCAAGCAAGUUAUG